AAUCCCAUCAUCCAUUCUAAAUUUCCAAUCCCCUUUCUAAUUCUCCCUCCAUCGCCAGUAUUAGUCUCUGUGUAUAUAUAUCUCACCUCCCAUCCCAUCUUCGUCUGCUAAAUUUGGCUCUCUUACUGAAAUCAAAUAAAAUGAUGCCCCCUCAGCAAGACAGUAGCAAUAUCACCACCCAUAAUACUCCUGCCCCCAUCAUGCUCACAACCAGCCGGAUGACGGAGAAUUUCAUUUCUGUUCACGCUCAGCCAUCGGCUUCUUCAUCCACCAACGUCGUCCCAUGUUCUCCGCAGCAUCCCAUCCCAUCCCAACAGGACACGCUAACUCCACUUCCAUUUUCAGUUUCGUGUCAAUCUUUACGUCCUGUAACUCUCAAGUUUGAAGAAGUGGCAUACACCAUCCAUUCCAGUGUCACAAGCGCAAGUUGUUUCUCCUCGCAUAAACCCAAACAGAGAACAAAUGUACUGAACGGGGUUAGCGGUGUCGUUCGACCCGGCGAGCUACUGGCAAUGCUUGGCCCCUCUGGUAGUGGUAAAACCACCCUCCUCACUGCUCUCGGAGGUCGUUUAACUGGAAAGUUGUCGGGCACCAUAACCUAUAAUGGGCGGCCAUUUUCCAGCUCCAUGAAGCGCAAAACAGGAUUUGUGUCUCAAGAUGAUGUGCUGUAUCCCCACCUCACUGUGUUGGAAACGCUGGCUUAUGCUGCUUUGUUGAAAUUACCGAAAAAGCUGACUUCACAAGAAAAGAUUGACCAAGCUGAACUGAUUAUAGGGGAACUCGGCUUAGCAGGAUGUAGGAACAAUGUUGUGGGUGGGCCUCUUCUUCGGGGGGUGUCGGGUGGGGAACGUAAACGGGUUAGUGUUGGCCUGGAGAUGUUAGUGAACCCCAGUUUGUUGAUGCUGGAUGAGCCCACUUCAGGACUCGACUCCACCACAGCACACCGAAUUAUGGUUACCUUACGCGGCUUAGCACGCGGUGGCCGGACUGUCAUCACCACCAUUCACCAGCCUUCAAGUGGGUUGUACAGGAUGUUUGAUAAAGUGCUGGUGCUUUCUGAUGGGUAUCCGAUUUAUUGCGGUCAGGCGGAUCAGGCCAUGGACUAUUUCAGUUCCAUUGGUUUCUCACCAAGUUUCAAAUUUGUGAACCCUGCUGAUUUUCUCCUUGAUCUGGCUAAUGGUAUAGCCCCUGAUGUAAAACCGGAAGAGCAACUAGAGUUUCAUGGCAGAGUAGACAACCCUGAUGAUCACAAAUCCACUAAACAGUACCUAAUAUCUUCUUACAAGAAGAAUAUAUACCCUAUCUUGAAGGCUGAUAUCAAUCAAAACUUGCAAGAUUCGACUUUUUCAACAGUUACACCAUCAAAAUCAAGGGGUGGUGAGGUUGAAUGGAACAGCAGCUGGUGGGAACAAUUCAAGGUAUUGGUGAGAAGGGGUGUACAAGAGAGGAAGCAUGAAUCCUAUUCAGGCCUAAGAAUAUUUCAAGUCAUGUCGGUUUCAAUACUUUCAGGCUUCCUCUGGUGGCAUUCUGAUACUUCCCACAUACAAGACCAGGUGGGGCUUCUGUUUUUCUUUUCAAUAUUCUGGGGUUUUUUCCCUCUCUUCAAUGCCAUUUUCGCAUUCCCACAAGAGCGGCCAAUGUUAAUCAAAGAAGGAUCCUCAGGGAUGUACCGUCUGUCCUCAUAUUACGUUGCCCGAACAACAGGUGACUUGCCGAUGGAGCUUGUUCUGCCUACCAUAUUUGUAACCGUCACAUAUUGGAUGGGGGGCCUCAAACCUUCACUAGUAACAUUUGUACUCACCCUCUUAAUCGUACACUUGAACGUGCUGGUCUCUCAAGGACUAGGACUGGCACUGGGAGCCAUUCUAAUGGACGUAAAACAGGCUACAACCUUGGCUUCUGUGACGAUGCUGGUGUUUUUAUUAGUGGGCGGAUACUACAUUCAUCACAUGCCUGCUUUCAUAGCUUGGUUGAAAUACAUUUCCUUUAGUCACUACUGCUAUAAGCUCCUGGUGGGGGUGCAGUACUCAGUGAAUGAGGUGUAUGAAUGCGAGAUUGGGAGGCGUUGCAAGGUCAUGGAUUUUCCUGCAAUCAAGUAUCUGGGCCUUGACAACAAUAAUAGGUGGUGGGACGUGGCUGCUUUGGCAAUUAUGUUGGCGGGAUAUAGGCUACUGGCUUAUGUGGGCCUAAGAGUGUAUGGAAAACCUCACUGACCACAUCUAUCUCCACCCAAUUAUUUACCUUGUUCAAAGUACGUAAAGUAGAAUGAAUUAAGAUGGUCUUCGCCUCAAUCAUGCUCCCAUUCAGUAUGCUACUAAUUAAUCCAGCCUUGUUUUUCCUUAACCUGCAUUUAUUUAUGCCUUAAAUGAUUAAUUGAUAUCUAAAUUAUAUUUAUUAUUGUUA